AUGGCGGCUAUAAAAGCGGAGGAGCUGAUCGAAAGUGUAAGAAACUUUCCAGUUUUGUAUGAUCAGACUCAAGAACAAUAUAGAAACUCUGACUACAAGGAUAUUAUUUGGAAAAAAGUUGCAAAGGAAUUGAACGUAGAAGGAGAAGAGGAGGAAUGUAAAAAGAAGUGGAACGGAAUUCGAGACAGUCUGCGAAGAGCUAGACAGAAAAGGAAAACCAAAUCUGGACAGGCGGGAACAUCAACCAAUAAAUACAAACUUGAGUCCAUCCUUGAGUUCUUGAUUCCUCAUCUCGGUGAACGGAAAGGCCUAAGUAAUGUUCCUGAUGAAGAGGACAUAAGUGAUGAAACUCAACUCAAUGACUCUCAUCAGCAGAACUCCACCAAGGAGUCACAAGAUGUCAAUGACAUUGAACCUCAGGAGAGUGUAGAAUCCGUGUCGUUGCUAACACCUACAACUCCAGCAAGUCGAGUUUCCAUCGACCAUAGACCUCUAUCCGCAAAACGCAAAAGGAAGCUUGAAGCAAAACCUCAAGAGACUGCAUCAUCUCAGCUAAUGGCAUACAUAUUGGCUGAGAAGAAAAAAGAGUCAAGUGAAAAUCAUGGACAGCACCCUGUCGAUACAUUUUUGUCCAGAAUCGCUACAACUCUGAAAUCACUGCAUCCUGUCCGUUUUCAUUCUGCUAAAGGAAAGAUUUUCAAUAUUGUCCAAGAGUAUGAAUUACAGGAGCUUCUUGAAAAUAGCAACCAACAAACUAACAUGGUUCCUCCAAACAAUAUGUCCUCUGAUUCAAUGUCUCUUACAACAUCUACACUGUCGGAAGGAGAUGUAUCGUAUGCGGAUUUCUCAAAAGGUAUUCAACCUGCAUCAACAUCUCCUGCAUACAAUGAAGAAACUUACACUACAUUUUUUAAACUUUAA